AUGGUCUUCUUCCAGCGAAACCUUUACACCCCCGAGAGCUCUUUCACUCCUCUCUUCCGUCUCCUUGACGAUUACGACAGCUACUCACGCCAAAACAAUGGCGCACAACACGCAACUCAUCGCACUGUCGCACACUGGCAGCCCAAAUUUGAUGUCCGCGAAACGGGCGAGGCCUAUGAGCUCCACGGCGAACUCCCUGGCUUGAACAAGCAAGAUGUUCACAUCGAGUUCACCGAACCUCAAUCCAUUCUCAUUAGAGGAAAGGUUGAGCGCACUUAUACUGCCGGCACUCCCCCUACCGGUGCUAUAGAGGACGCCUCAGUGAGCGGCGCAGUCACCGACUCAGCAGAGCAAGACCGCCCCAAGUCUCCUCAUCAACCCACCGUCGAAGACGAGCCAGAAGACGGAGCGACUACCACCACUGCUGUCUCCAAAAAUGAGGUUGUCAAGGCUGCGCCGACACAGCAAAAACCUACCGACACUGCCAAAUACUGGCUCACUGAGCGCAGCGUUGGCGAAUUCUCUCGCACCUUCAAUUUCCCUACUCGGGUCAACCAGGACGGUGUGACGGCCAGCUUCAAAGACGGCAUUCUCAACGUUGUGGUUCCUAAGGCGGCGAAGCACGAACCUCGUCGUAUCGCGGUGUUCUAA